UUUUUUUUUUUGUUCUUUUGAAUCAUGUCGGAAAAACAAGAAGUAGUCUCUGUUCAACAGACUUCUUACGAAUAUGAAAUUCAAGAAAAACGCGAAACAGAAACUCAAAUCCAUGAUCAUCAUCAAGAAGAACACCCUGAACCUACUGAAGAAGAAUGGAAAACUUUACCUGAAGUCGCAGAUAGUAUUCCCAAAUCUGCCUAUCUUGUUAUCUUGAUUGAAUUUUGUGAACGUUUCACUUACUAUGGUUUAUCUGGUCCCUUCCAAAAUUAUGUUCAAAAUCCUGCUUCUGAUCAUUUUCCAGCUGAUCAUCCUGGUGCUAUGGGUCGAGGUCAACAAACUGCUACAGCUCUCACUACUUUCUUCCAAUUCUGGUGUUACAUUACACCCAUCAUUGGUGCCAUAAUUGCUGAUCAAUUCCUUGGCAAAUACAAGACCAUUGUACUUUUCGCUCUCAUAUAUAUGGUUGGUUUGAUUAUUUUGACCUGUACUGCUAGUCCUGCUGCCAUCUCCAAUGGUGCUACUUUCCCCGGUUUCAUCGUUUCCCUUAUCGUCAUCGGUCUAGGUACUGGGGGUAUCAAGGCCAAUGUAUCACCACUUGUUGCCGAACAAUAUCGAUCAAGGAAUGCCUAUGUCAAGACUUUGACCAAUGGUAAACGGGUUAUCGUCACUCCUCAGGCUACUUAUCAAAAAAUUUUCAACAUGUUUUACUGGGGUAUCAAUGUUGGUUCCUUAUCUGCCAUCGCCACUACUGAAUUGGAAAAGAACGUUGGUUUCUGGGCCGCUUAUCUCUUACCUACCUGUAUGUUUGUCCCUUGUAUCAUUGUUGUACUUCUUGGUCGUAAUCAAUACGUUCAAAACCCUCCUCGUGGUUCUGUCUUUGUGGAAGCUGGUAAACUCUUCAUGUUCAGUCGAAAGGUCACUGGUGGUUUGGAAGCAUGCAAGCCCUCUUUACUUCAAAUUAGUCAUCCUGAACUCGCUGCCAAAGCUACCUGGGAUGAUAUCUUUGUUGAUGAAUUGAAACGUACAUUGAAGGCAUGUAUUGUAUUCUGUUGGUACCCUAUCUAUUGGUUGUGUUAUUCUCAAAUUACCAACAAUUUGAUCUCUCAAGCUGGUACGAUGUUGACGGGCAAUGUGCCAAACGAUAUUAUGCAAAAUAUUGAUCCUUUAGUACUAAUCAUUACGAUCCCCAUCAUGGACCGUAUCGUUUAUCCUGCUCUUCGUAAAUUCGGUAUUCCUAUGCGACCUAUUUUCCGUAUUACACUUGGUUUUCUUUUCGGUGCUAUUGCUAUGGGUUAUACUGCUGGUAUCCAAUCGAUGAUUUACAAUACUCCUCCUUAUUAUAACUACCCCUCUGAAGGUGAAACAGGACAAAACUGGAUUUCUGCUGGUUAUCAAAUCCCCUCUUAUGUGUUUAUCGCUUUGUCUGAAAUCUUUGCAUCCAUCACUGGUCUUGAAUAUGCUUACAAGAAGGCUCCUCAAUCCAUGAAGUCCAUUGUUAUGGCUUUGUUCUUAUUCACCAAUUGUUUCGCAUCCAUUUUGGCCUUCGCUCUUGUAUCUGUUACCGUCGAUCCCAAACUUCACUGGAUGUAUACUGGUGUUGCCUGUGCUGCGUUUGUAUGUGCCGUCCUCAUCUACAUUAUUCAUGGAAAGAAUGACGCUAGUGAUGUUGAAGAAGAUGCUAUUGGACGAAAUGAUGAUCAAGCUGAAGCUUAUGGAAAGCACAAGUCUGCCAUCAUUGAAUAUGAAGCUGAAAAGGGUGGUGUUUAAUAUAUUGUUAUUAGUGUUUUAUUCAAGAGUGUGAUGAAUCAUUGAUUGAUUGAUCCCUUGUAUUUUUUUUUUUUUUGUUAUUUAUAUACAUAUAUAUUAUUUUACUUCAAGUGAUUCACUUAUUAUUUACUAUUUAUUUGUACUUCUUUAUUAAAGCAAAACUAUUUUUUUUUCUAUUUCUACCUUCAUCAUUUUGAAAAGUAAUAUUUUAUACCGUUAUCUUUUUACUGUAAACACAGACAAUAAUCAAAUAAACUUUUUUUUGACUUUAUUUGAUGUCCUUUUUUGGGAUAAUCCCAC